UAAGCUGACUGGACUACAAAUACACUCCUGUCAUAAUUUUUAACUUCAGUAUCUUAAACCUGACCGACUAUAGACCCAAUACUUUGAGAUGAAAAGCAGAUGUGUACUUCAGUUUUUUUACUUCUUAUCAUCAAUCGUUUUAUCAAAAGCACAAGAUAUGGUCGGACCGACUCUCUCCUGUUUCACAUCGAUUCGUGGUAACGUACAGACGCGUAUUUCCUUUCUGCACGAAGACACAGUCGGCGUGCGCUCCUUGCACCUCACCAUCUGGUCCCAAGAUAUGAGACUGGUAACAUGCACAGUAAACGCCAAUCCACAGAUAACAGAAAGAUAUCACAGUCUCUGCAAGACAAGCAACACACGUGGUCAAGAGGUAAGCUAUGGGUUUAAUAUCAGCAGCAUAUUAUUGGCGCUGCAGAAAGCCGACUGCGCUCACCUCGAAGCAUCCAGUGCGUCAAAGCUCACCAGGCGCACAAGAACAGACGAAACAGAGAGAAAAGCUCGGCGAAAACGCGCCUGGAUCUUCCCGGGCACGUUGUGGUGCGGCAGUGGAAGCACGGCAGACGGAUAUGAAGAAUUAGGGAUGUUCGAGGGUACAGACAGAUGCUGCCGUGAGCAUGACCACUGCCUGCAGAUCAUCCCGGCCUUUACGGUGAAUUAUGGAGUGUUCAACCGCAACCUCUUCACCGUCUCACACUGUGAAUGUGACCAAAGGUUUCGACAGUGCCUUCUGGACGUGAAUGAUAGCAUUUCUAAUAUGGUAGGCUACAGCUUCUUCAACAUCCUCCGGAUUCCCUGCUUUGAGCUCAAGCAGCAGAGGCGGUGCACUGAGAUGUACUGGUGGGGGAUGUGCAAAGUAGCCAAAGAAGCUCCAUAUGCUGUCUUCAAAAGCCCCCUCCCCUACAACACCUCUGAUCCUGAGCAAAAAUAUGCAGACACUGACACCAACAAGUUACCAAGUAACGAGGAGCAGCAUGUAACUCAAAGCCCCCCUCGCAGAAAGUCAUCUAAAACUCAGCAUCAGUGUGGAUUCAGAGACCCACCCAGAGGAGACACUUUCCACCGCAGACAGACAAAAGCAAGAGGAUGCAGAAGACGCCAUAAACCUCAUGGAGCAGCACCUUCACAGUUGCCUCCAACAUCAAAGGCAGUCGCCACUGCUUUGUCAGUAGAAACAGGUCUUUUAAAGAUUUCUAAAAGUAGCUUACAGAGUAAAGAAAGCGAUGGAAAAAGCCAGCAUAUCAGAGUGGGCCUGUCAGAUUACUCCACACUGAGACGCCGAGGUUCACCACAGCUCAGCUCAAAUUCUGAUCUGCAGAGUUCAUCUACAGCACCAUCACCUUUAACACAGAUGCCAAAAGUUCAGCCGCACCAAACAACAGCCGCAGUGACCAAAACCAACAAAAGUCACAAAGACGUUAUCAAGAAAAAAGGAUGCUGUGGACACAGGAAGCGUGUGAGAGGUGAUGCUUUUCAGUCAGGCUGUAAAAGCUGUUUGGAACAAGAAACAAAAUCUCAUAUGAAAACAACUACGGACAGAUUAUCAAUCAAAGUGACUACACUGGAGAUGUUGGGUAUUAAAAAGACAACAGAAACACUCACAUCAAACACUUUGAUAACGGCUACUUUUGCUACACCCAUUGCAGCAAAACUAAAGACAGCAGCCCUGCUUAAUAACGGUGAUGAGCCACAAAAGCAGGUGCACUCCUAUCUGCUAAUGAAUAACUCAAACCAGGAGCUCACAGGUAGCACCACAGCCCAAAGCACCCAUACGGAGAGAAGCCUUAAACAAAGUAAAAUGUUGCAUAAGAUAACAGAUAGCCAGCUCCUGUGUGAAAGCCUCAAACAUCUGGACUACUGUAAAUUCAAAAUCCCUCCUUUGAAAAAAAAAAAUGGCCUCCAGAACAUGGAGUCGAAGACCAUCUAUCACUGUGACUGCACCAGCCGCUUGGCUGUUCAGAUUGAAAGCCUCAAGCAACCCAGCAUUCUGCCUUCUCUCAUGCUGGAUUUCGUCUCUCAGCAUUGCUUUACACUGCAAAAUGAGAAAAAAUGCCACGGCAAAAAAAGCUGUUCUAGAGGCUUCACUAAAGCCUCUGACCUACAUCAAGUGCUUAAGAAGAUAGAGGAAAAAGACUCUGCUGGGGUGCGAAUUUCAGGCAGUGACAGAAAAAGAGGGAUUCCUGUUCGCCUUUAUAAGCGAUGCCUGAGGCUAGAAAGCGGAGCUGAUAUUAUGGCACGGUUCAGAUGACUGUAGAAUAAGCUGCUAUGUGCAGUAACAAUAAAUGUUAUAAGCUUUAGAUUUCACGCAGGCUUUGCUCUUUUUCCCUGAUGGUGGAAAAUUGCAGCAUUUUAAGAAGUCAGGCCCUCGACUGGCAAAGUAUGGCCUUAUAAAUGUAAUUAUAUCCUUAUAAAUGUAAGUUAAAUGAAAACAUAAUUAAAUCAUUUUAUUGUUUCUGUUUGAUUUUGAAUUGAUUUUAAAUUCACUCUGUCGUCUGCACUGUACAUUGUAUGACUCAGUGAGGGAAAAAACUAGAAUAAUAAGUAAGAUUAAAGCUACAAACCCAGCAAAUCAUGGAAAAGCAUUGACUCAAUAAAGGAAGAAUUAAACAUUUUAA